AGGAAGAACAAACCUUUGCUCGAGAAUAACGUAUUCCGUGACCAAUUGAUGUCGUGACGUUCCGGAAAAGAGCAGCCCAAAAGCAUACGGCCGGUGAUAAAAACUUCCUCACAUGUUCCACGGCAAUGUUUACUUUUUGCAUAGAGUGAGGAGAUGUGCAAUGAUGGACAUCGAUUAUAUAUUUUUAUGAAUUCAAUAAUAUUGCAUGCCCCUAGAAGCGGAGCACAUGAAGGUCCAGGCGUGUGGAUAAGAAGACUAACACGCGCGAGAGAAAUACCUCCCUGAUUUCGAGCUUAGAUAAUGCAACAGAUAUGAAUCAUCAGUGAUGAUUCAUAUCUGUUUAUACCCAUCGAGGACUAGCAUCACAGCCAAGGUGGAAGGAUGUAGCCGAAGGAUGAGGCCUCCAUGUACAAUAUAGUCCAAGUCCUUGCUAAAAAGUUAGCAUAUAGAAUGGAGUCUCCCUCGCAUUCUCGAAUGGGAGGAAGACUCCACGAUGAAAACUCCCUUCCCGUCUCUUUCUAUUCAUGCCUUGUAAAUUGCAACGACCCCUUAACAACAUCAGACGAGAAACGAGGCAGUUCAGAUCUACGUGAGAGGAAGAAAAUUAUAUUAGGAUGUCAGAAAUGUAAGGGGUUUUGUAGUUUGACGCUUCAACGCCUCGAAGGUAACACAAACAAUCUUAAACUUCAAAGGGGAAUGAAAGAGGUGAAAAGGGUUAUCCGGUUUCUGAAGCUGGUGAGUCGAAUCCUACACGUUGCAUGUGAGUCACAAGCUCAAUCCACGUGCCCACCUGCAGACCGUGCAGAUGUGAGGCAUAUGCACCACAGGACAUUCCUUCCUAGACACGUAAGCACAUUCCAACCAGAGGGGUUGAAGAUUACCCCUCGACUUGUUCUCUGCCACCUAGCACGGACGUGGCUUGUGCUUCCGGCCCGAGAAACUGUGAAGACCCAUUCACUCAAGGGAUGGACAUUGUUCCUUGUGCAAUGUUUAAGCUGAGCCAAUGUCCUCAUCCUGGGAAAACCUUACCUCAUACAUAAUCUUGCCAGCCUCAGUCCAUGUUCUCUGAAGGUCCUGUGAAUAUCAUCAAUGGCACAUCAUCAUCCUAGAGAUAGAGGAAGUUGAGAAGUUGAGCAUUUCAGGGUCAUAAACCAUGGGGCUAAAGAAAGUGUCAUGUGCUAGUUUAUGCCUCAAUUUCGUGUGACACGGCAGAAGGUUUUCUAAGCUGGCAGUCUCGUAAAAGCCGGCGGCCGAAUGUCUCGAAAUAUGCAGCGCCUGGGUUUUGUUGCACGGGUCGAUGGUGACUAUUUUUCGCAUGGCCCGUGGCAGAUCUUGGCAACUUUCUUGUGUUCUGAACUUUGAGUGAACUUUCAUGCACAGACGUCGAGCCAUGUUAGUUAGUUGGCAACUUCAGAUGCAACGCGCGUCAUGGCAUGACUGCUCUUGAUGGAUCGAGUCGAGAGAGUAGUUGAGCCUCCAGACUGUGGAAUUGAUGUUUAUUUUAUAUAUAUAAUGCAUGCGUUCAAUUUGACUCAUGAUCUUCACAUGGUCGUUGUGUUCGUGAAGUUCUCGGCAUCUUUUGGCUCCUGCAUUUUGGGAACUCAUUAUCGUAGGGAACGUAGACAUGAGCUUCAGAAGAAGCUCAAUCAUGAUACUCCCGACGGCAGUGAGCUGCUGCACUGAGUGAGAUAAGACAUCCGUUCAUGUAGGCCGCCUGCUGAUGGAGAGCCCUACAACCAUAUCCAAAGUUCCUAUCAGUUGAUCUAUACAUAUGCAGGC